GAGAUAAUCAUUCAAUUAUUCCACUUAUACGGUAUAAUGAAUUUUCAACAAAAAUACAACAAUAUUGUGUAGCGAAGCUGUUGUGUUUCUGAUUCCCCAUCAUCCAAUUUGCCUGAAGGCGCAAUGAACAGCAAUUUGCGCACAAUCUUCAAGAAUUUUCUUACGCCAAUUGGUGCAUAGAUGAAGACUCAAAGUAGUCUCGAAGUACCUAAGCAGGUCCGUUCAGCAUCAUUCGAUGAAAUAAAAUUAGAUUCACAACGAACAGCUCAAUAUUUCACACAAUCAUCAACAGACUCACAAGCUGCAUUAUUAUCCGUACCGAGUGGUCAACGAUCACGCAGCUUUGAUUCAGCUGGAAUCGAAUCAACCGAUGCAAAUGCAUCAUUUCUUGACAUUCCAAGGCAGCGCUUUAGACGAAAGUCGAGUGCAAAGUCGCCAAUAUGUAUACACUGUCAAUAUGUUGAGGAGCAGCGGAAACGUGGUAGUACAGCCGGAUUUUACUUUGAUGCUCAAGAAUUUAGAUCUCUUACCUAUUCAAAUUCAUCCUCAUCGUCUGACGAAAGUGAUGAAAAUGACAGUGAUACGAAAAAAAGUAGUGAAUGUGACGAGUCCGAGGAGCAGAAUGAUGACGAUGAGGAUACAGACAUAGAUUACUAUUUUCAAAAUCAAAAUACCCUUCUACUACCUUCACCAUGUAGCAUUACGUUUACACUUUCGCCAACGAAUUGUGAUUAUCCAGCCUUUCCCAUACCGGGUAUAGUGCAAUCUAUAAGUUCACCACCAGCAUUGCCUUCAACACCUCCAGUUUUUCCAACAUCACCCACGAUAGAAUUCUCACAUGAGCUCGACGAAAUUGAAAUUCCUGGACCACGACAACGUAGACGUUCGAUAUCAAGACAGGAAGCAAUAUUUGUUGAGCCUACGGGUACAUCAUUAGAAAAUGUAUCAAGUACGUCACAAGACUCGGACAAACAGUCACAAGAUAAAGAACAAAAUGACAUAGUAGUUGUAGCUAACGAAAUCGAAGAUGGAAAUGUAACAAGAAAAAAUUCAAAUGCGCCUAAAGCAAGUGAACCAUUUGUUCGUGAUAUUUUUCUCACCGUGCCUGACUUAAAGCGAGAUCGAGCUGCAUCAGUUGAUUCAUGUUUUACGAAAGUAUCAUCAUCGGCUAAGACAGAAGAAGUUCAACCGCCUGAAGGCGAAUUAAAUUUAUUAAGUGUACCAAAUAGUGGAGCUGUGCGAUCUCGUAGUGUUGACAUUGUGCUUCCAACUGAACAGCAAGCACGUUAUAAAGCUCUUGCAUUAGCGGGACCAGGAAGCAAUUUUUAUAGUAAAGGAAAACCAGGCGAUAGUUCAGGAGCUCGGCAAAUCAGAAACACACCAGAUUGGUCAGAAAAUGCUGUAUCAGGAGAUCAUUUAUGGGUGGCCACAUCAGUUUCCGGUGAUUGCUGUUAUAUCGGCGAUAAUGACUGUACAAAACAAGGACCAAGAAUGAAAUGUUCAGCAUGCAAAAUAAUUGCUCAUGCAAGUUGCAUAUCGGUAUUAAUGGAAAGAUCUCAAUUGGCAUGCAAGCCAACGUUUCGUGAUGUAGGUGUUCGUCAAUAUCGUGAGCAAACGAGAACACAUCACCACUGGAUUCAUCGGCGAACGGAGAAAGGAAAAUGUCGUCAAUGUGGAAAGUCACUACAAGCGAAAUUAUCAUUUAGUUCCAAAGAGAUUGUUGCUUUAUCAUGUGCCUGGUGUAAAUCGUCAUAUCAUAAUAAAGAGGCAUGCUUUAACCCUCAUCGAAUAGGAGAGGAAUGCACAUUAGGCAUUCAUUCACGUAUAAUUGUUCCUCCAUCGUGGAUAGUCAAACUGCCACGAAAAGGCAGUUUUAAAUCAUCAUUAAGAAAAACACCAAGAAAGAAGCCAGCCGGCAAGAAGAAAUCAAAGGAGAAGGAAGUGCGAACGUUUGUUAUAAAGCCCAUACCAACACCAAAUAUCACGCCUGUAUUGGUCUUUAUAAAUCCAAAGAGUGGCGGUAAUCAGGGUGCAAAAUUACUCCAAAAAUUUCAAUGGCUUUUAAAUCCACGUCAAGUUUUUGAUUUAACACAAGGCGGACCAAAAAUGGGCUUGGAGUUGUAUCGAAAGGUGCCAAAUUUGCGUAUUUUGGCGUGUGGCGGUGAUGGAACUGUAGGUUGGGUUCUCUCCAUACUCGAUCAAAUUGGUAUCUCACCACCGCCUGCUGUUGGUGUUUUACCACUCGGUACUGGAAAUGAUUUGGCAAGAGCACUUGGAUGGGGUGGCGGCUAUACAGAUGAGCCUAUAGGAAAAAUCUUGUGUAAUAUUGGAAAUUCUGAUACUGUUCUGCUUGAUCGUUGGAAUCUUAAUGUAACACCAAAUACAAAUGCUUCAGAUUCAGCAGAUGGAAAAGACACGCUUCCGUUGAGUGUUGUGAACAAUUAUUUUUCAUUAGGCGUUGAUGCUCACAUAGCUCUCGAGUUUCACGAAGCAAGAGAGGCCCAUCCAGAAAAGUUCAAUUCACGAUUGCGAAAUAAAAUGUUUUAUGGACAAGCAGGUGGAAAAGACUUAUUGAAGCGAAAAUGGAAAAAUCUUGCUGAGUUGGUUACGUUAGAAUGUGAUGGAAAGGACAUUACACCAAAACUGAAGGAAUUGCGUGUUCAUGCAAUUGUUUUUCUAAACAUCUCGAGUUAUGGGGGUGGAACGCAUCCGUGGAAUAAAUCAGGUGGACAAUACGAGCCGUCAACGGAUGAUGGAUUAAUUGAAGUUCUCGGACUCACGACAUACCAAUUGCCACUUUUGCAAGCGGGCAGUCACGGAACAUGUAUUACGCAAUGUCGUUCAGCUAAAAUUGUAACAUCGAAAACCAUACCAAUGCAAGUUGAUGGUGAAGCAUGCAAAGUGAAACCAUCAAUCAUUGAAAUGUCUCUGCUUAAUAAGGCUGUGAUGCUAGCGAAGAAGAAACCCGGACGAACGAAUGUUUUACAAGCGACUUUAGAGCCGAUGAGUAUAAACAUUUGUCGUAUUAAAAUGUCCGAUUAUGAGCAACACCAUUAUGAUAAGGAAACAUUAAAGCAAAGUGCAGCAAUAAUAGGUGCAAUAGAUGUGAAUCCAACAUCCGAUCUCGAAGCUGUUCGUGUGCUAGUGAAUAAAAUGAGUGAAGAGGGUAAUGAUAGUCCCAAACUGUCUCCAGACUGGUGUUUUAUUGAUUCAUGUACGGCAGAGCGCUGUUUCCGUGUUGAUAGAGCACAGGAAAAUUUACAUUACGUUACUGAUAUUGCUACAGAUGUGAUUUAUGUGUUGGAUCAAGAGAGUCCAACGUUACCGCAAACUCCCGAAAACGAGAAUGCAACCAGUCUUAUUAAUCCAAUAAUCUCAAGUAUUGAAUCGAGCGAUAAGGAUUCACAUGAUGGCACGCCAAUAUCACCGAGUAAAAAGUUCUUUAAUCGAUCUCUGAGUUCAGGACCAAAUUCAGGCGGUACAUCAUCGUCAAGAAAGAGUUCACAGGGAUCACAAGGAUCAAAUGGAAGCGCUAGAAGCUCACUGAAUGCAUCAAAAGAGGAUAUGGAUAAUGCUGGUAAUGGAGAUUCAACAAACUAUAAAUCUACAUUGUUAGAGAAGACGACUGAUGCGGUGAUAAAGGCAUCUAAAAAUGGAGAUCUAGCAAUGAUGAAAGAGCUUCAUCUGCAAGGAUAUUCAUUAUUAUCGAUUGAUACAAUGGGUAAUACAGCACUUCAUCAUGCUAGUAGGUACGGACAUAAGGAUAUUGUAAGAUUCCUCAUCGCGUAUGCACCUGAGUCAAUUAUUAAUAUGAUUGAUAACGAGAAAGGUCAAACAGCGCUCCAUAAAGCAGCUGUGAUGAAGCGACGAAGUAUAAGUUACAUGCUGGUUGCUGCCGGAUCGAAUUUAAUGCUUCAGGAUUGUGCUGGAAAAACACCAAAAAUAUUGGCACUUGAAUCCGAUGAUCAUGAAUUGGCUGCUUAUCUUGAGAGUCAAGAGCAAUUUCAUUGUGCGGUUUGAAGUAAACACAUCGUUUGAGAUCGGUAACAGACUGCUUCUGCUACUGAUACUUAGCUUUUUUUCAUCCCAUUCCAUUAUUAUUAUCAUCAUUAUGCUACACCAACGAACACCAACAUCGUUUCAACAUUCUUUACAUUCUUAUGAGGAACUUUUUUUGCCGAGGCUUGUAGAGAAGAAAAUAAAAUCAAUAAUUUUCCAAUAAAAGCUACCAAGCAAUUGAAUUAUUUCGUUCAAACUAAAAGUGAGUAAUGUGAAAUGAUAACACAGUGUGAGAUGAUUCAAUAAGGAUAUAAAAGAAAAAGUUCAGAGACAUAUCAAACAUUCCAAACAUGAAUAAUUUUUGUUAUUUGGAGUGAAAUGUUUUUUGCUUAAUGGCUUUUUUCUUUCUUCAAUUUUAUUUCUUCUUUAACAUUAAUGACGACUUAAAGUAAUAAUGAUAAUGUGAGAAACUUUUUAAGAACUACUUUUUUUUGCCCAUCAUUCGGACGAUUCGUGAAGACAUCCGCUGCUGAAUAAAAAACCAUUAACGAUAGUGAAAUAAAUUCAUUGUAAGAAAAUUAAAAAUAAUGUACAAAGUUUAAAGAUUUUCUUUUUUUGAAGCUAAAGAUUUCAAAUUCAGCAAAAAAAUUGUGAAUUUAAAAAAAGGUGUCGAUGCAAAAUGUAUCAUUUAACAUAAAUACAAUAGUGUUGAUGAGCUUCGAGAUGUUAGGAACUGGAAAUAGAAUCAUGAGAUAUUUUUAAAAUUCUUUGGAAUAUUUGUUCAGAAAAUUGGAAUCUAUUCCUUGGAUAAAUAUAUCUUUACAUCCACAUAGAUCUCGGAAUUAAUGAUUUCUCAUGAAAAAAAUGGAAUGCUGAUUGUAUCAUCUGGAGUUGGUGGUUUUGAUGAAUAUUAACAAUUUUACAUUCGUUUUGAAUUUCCAUGGUUUUAAGAUCUAAUUAUAUCUCUUAGAUUAAAUCCUUAAAAAUGUCAAAUGUCUUAAUAAUCAUUUGAAUAAGACAUUCGACUUAACAGAACAUUCAAAGAUGUUAAAGCGAAUAUAAAUAAUUUAAUAAAAUUUGGGAAUAUAAUCUCGUAUUUUUGGUAAUCCAUUUUGCUAAGCUUAUAUAAAGGAAAAGAAAGCUUGGAUUUAUAAGGAAAAUCUUAAAAAAUUGAUAGCUUAAAAAGGUCUUGUAAGAUUAUUGAAAAAUUUGCUCAUCUGUAAGCUUAAUUCUGCUGAGGUGGAAUUCAAGGUUGUUGAAUGAAAUUUCGUAGAAUUCAAGAGAGUUUGAAUCUCAUUUUAAGGAUUCAUUUUCAAAACUUACUUAAAAGUUUUCAGAAUUUUAGGUUCACAUUAUUUUAGAGAAUUGAAUCGUCAAGACUAAGUUUAAACCGAGUUCUUUAAAAAUUUAUGGAUUAAGAUCAAUUCGUAAAAAGUUUAAACAAUGAAUUUUCAACAGUUUUGAGAAAUAAAAACUUAAUUCUAUUGAAAUUGUCAUAUAGACUUUAUAGCGUAUUAGCAUGCUUUAAGCUAACCUAAACCUAAGAUAAUUCUAGAACUGAGCUAAACCUUAAUAUUGACUUAUUAAGAAUCUAAGUUCAAGUUCAAACAUUACAAAGCUUUUAUCUAUCAAGAUCUAAAAAGAACAAUUCAUUCUCAAAAUUGGCAAUCUGAAAACCAUCAUUAACCUUCAAAAACCCACCAACUCUAGACAAAAAACAUAAACUUUUAACUGUGUAACAUCAAUUUGACCCAAUGCCAACGAGAAAAUGGCUUCUUUUAUUCAUGUUACAUGAAGAUAACAAAAAGAGUGAGUUCAAAUAAGUAUGAAAAAUAUUUAAUAGACUUAACAUUAAAAUCAUUAUUAUGGAAAAAGUUUAUUCUCAAGAAGCGAAAAGAAAAGUGAAAAAAAAAAUCUUUUUAAACUGAACAGAAGAAGAUUCAAUGAGCGUAAAAAGCAGAGUGAAAAAGAAGAAAUGAAAAAAAAAGUUUGUAAUUUUUAUUACGAUCAUUGCCAAUCAACAAGUAGAAAAUUUUUUUCUUCGCUGUAUAUAAAGUAAUAAUAAAAAUAACAAAAAAUAAUAUUAUCAGAAUUUAAAGUUUGUAAAAUAAUAAAAAAUUUAUUCACAUCGUUAAAUUCAUUAAAAAAUACUCUCUAUGUAAUGAGAAUCUUCCUUAAAAACUCUUUUUGGUGAAUUCAAAUAUAGAAAAAUUAAAUUAAAAAAAAAUUGGAAAAUUAAAGAGAAAAUUUAAUUAAUUCAUUCACAAACAACACUACACACCACUGACAUAUGUAUGAACGUGAGCGGCAUCUAAAAUAUUUUUGAAAUAUAUUUUUUUACCAAUUAACAGAGAGAGAAAAAAAAAUUUAAAAAAUAAUGAAAAAAAAAUGUGGAAAAAAUUUGUAUUUAUAAAAAAACACUCAAAGUCAAUUACUAAAUUUAAAAAAAACAUAAUAAUGAAUGAAGUAGUUUAAAAAUGAAAAAUGAUUUAGCCCUUUUUAAGAGAUUAAAGCAGAUUUUUUAAUAAAACAUAAUUAAUUAAGAUGAUUAAAAAAAUGAUGAAUUAAGAAGCAAUUUCCUAAAAUGUGAAUUUUUUUCCAAAAUGUCACGUAUUUCACUUUUUAAAUGUAAUUUUUCCAUUUCUUUAUUAAAUGACAAAAAAAUGAAUUAAUUGUUUAUUAUAAAGCGUUAAAUACUUUAAAAAAUUGUGUAAAUAUAGAAUUUCAAAUUAAAUUCAGAACAAAAAAUAAGAAAAAAUAUUUUUCUUCUUCCUUUUUAAAUCAUUAUUGUUCUCAUAUCGGCAGUUUCCAUUGUACCGAUGAAUGAAAAAAUAACAAAUAAAAAAAAAUUGUAAGCUAAAUUAUAAUAAAAACACGAGAAAUGCACCCUCUCACGAUUCUUAUUACAUGUAAAAAUAUAAAUAUUAUAUAGAAUACCUAAAUACAUAGGUAGGAAAACCUUCUCAAAACAAAUACUUUUAUGAAAAUUUUUCUUUUUAUGCUUUUGAAAGGAAAGUUGAAAAAGUAGAUGGAAAAAAUUGAUUUUUAGAGCGCAUUUCCUUCAAAUUUGAAGUUGACAAAAAAGUUCACUUUAACCGCUACAAAAUUAUUAACGAUAGGAUUCGAACCUUUGACUGAAUGAAUUUUUCGUUCAAUUUUAUUUUUUUUUUUUGAUUAAUAAUAUGAUUUCAAAUUUGGCUUAAAUGUCAAUCUUAAGCAUCAUUUAAUAAAUAAUAAGAAAUAAUAUAUUCACAAAAAUUGAAAAUUUGUGUGAAUAUGAUAUUGCUAAUUUUCGAAAGAUUUUUAUAAGAAUCCUAUUUAAAUUACCCAAACACAAUCCAAAUAUCAAAAAAUUCAAUUUCCAACCUAAAACUACCCAAAAUAUUUUAAUUAAAACUUAUUUUCCCUUAAUUAAAGUCCCAAAAACUAGAAUAGAUUCAUAUUGAUAUAACCACAAAUGUUCAUUAACUAUCAAAUUACAUACAAACAAAAGAUCCCAAAACUUAAAAUCUUUCUUCUAAUUUAUUUGGAGAAAAUGUGCUAAAAAUAAUCAGAAAUGUUUUUCUAUUUGCUUAAAGCAUAAGUUUUCAAUGUUCCAUUCUCCUUAUUUCCCUUUUUCGUGAUUACGUAAUUGUUAAGUAAAAAAGACAAAAAGUUGUACUUAUUCACAAUUUAAGGUCAAAAUCUUUUCAUUUCUGUUCUUUUAAAAAAAUCAUUUAAUUGAGUGUUUUUCAAAUCUUUUCAUUUUAAGAGGAAAUCAAAUUCACGGAAAUUUAAUUAAAUGAUCAUUCUCGAAUAAGCAUUUCGACUUUGACCACGACGAUGGAAGAAAGAAGUUUUUUGAUAAAUUAAAGAAAUAUUUAAAAUUAUAAAUGAAUUUCUAAUGGCAUUUUUUUGGUAAAUGACCAUCUUAAAAAAUUUCUUUACUUUCUUCAUUUUCAAUUUGUUUCCUUUCUUCAUUUCACUGAGGGUGACAUUAGUAUAAUGAAAAAUUUUUUUGAAUAUGUUUGUUUUUUUUCAACUAAAAAAUGAAUGAAAGAAUAGAAAAGAUUAUUUUUCAUUGUGAUAUUUCGAUGUAAAGCCUUCGUGCCUCUAGACUUUACAUCUGAAAAUGUGUGUCACAUUCAUUGAAGAUUUUUUUUUUGUCUGUAGAGCAUGACACUUUGAAUAUUUCAUAAUAUGUGAAGUUUAAAGUGUUAUUUUUAUGUUCAGGGAUUGUUGACGAUAUCUUCUGGAUGUAAUUGAAGCUCGAGCAGCUAACCAGAGAACCAUUCGAUUGCUAUAUUAACAUAGAAACUCUGUAAAGACAUAAGAGUGUCCAGAAAGCACUAUGACAGCUGUUAAAUGGUUAAAAAUAAAAUUUUCCACAACCUACUGCUCGAGAUAGAUGCUAAGAUACAAAAUACAAAGCUAGAAGUAGACACGAAUUUUGUAUGAUGUCUACUUAAAUAUUCCAGACAAAAUCCGAGUCGACUUCAAGCUCUGACAUUAUACAAUACAGUAUGAAAUGAUUGUAAUGUGUUUAAAGCUCAUUAUCGUGUAGGAUUAUAAAUUAUUCAAUAUGUUGUAAAAAUUUCAGCAACUUGUUACCUUUUAAAGAAUAUUUUUAAACUUUUUUGAAUUUAAUAAAAAAUUCGAUAAUUGUGAUAAAAAUAAAUCGUGUUAAAAAUAUUUUUUUCUUGUUAAGAAUUUCGCACCAGAAAAACUUUUUCGUGC